UCAAUGACAUCUUGGGAUUGGGACAUACUGUUUUCCGGACACUGCUGCCCAGUCCCAAAAUGGAACAUAAGGAGGUGGUCCUUCUACUUCUUUUAUUCCUGAAAUCAGGUCUUGGAGACCCCCUGGAGGACUAUGUGAAUACCCAGGGCGCUUCCCUGUUUAGUUUGACCCGGAAGCAGCUGGGAGCAGGAAGUGUAGACGAAUGUGCAAGAAAGUGUGAAGAGGAAACCAGCUUCAUUUGCAGGGCAUUCCAGUAUCACAGUAAAGAGCAGCAGUGUGUGAUCAUGGCUGAAAACAGCAAGUCUUCCCCAGUCCUCAGGAUGAGAGACGUCGUUUUAUUUGAGAAGAGAAUAUAUCUUUCGGAGUGCAAGACCGGAAAUGGAAGGAACUACCGGGGGACCAUGUCCAAAACGAGAAGGGGUGUUACCUGUCAGAAAUGGAGCAACAGCUCUCCGCACAUACCCAACUAUUCACCUGAAAAGUUACCUCAAGCAGGCCUGGAGGAGAACUACUGCAGAAACCCAGACAACGAUGACAAGGGGCCCUGGUGCUACACCACAGACCCCAACACUAGAUUCGACUACUGCGACAUCCCCGAGUGCGAAGAUGAAUGUAUGCAUUGCAGUGGAGAAAAUUAUGAGGGUAAAAUUUCCAAGACCAUGUCUGGACUUGCUUGCCAGUUCUGGAACUCUCAGAGCCCACAUGCUCAUGGAUACAUCCCUGCCAAAUUUCCAAACAAGAAUUUGAAGAUGAAUUACUGUCGUAACCCUGAUGGAGAGCCCCGUCCAUGGUGUUUCACCACGAAUCCCAACAAACGCUGGGAAUACUGCAACAUCCCAAGAUGUACAACACCCCCACCACCUUCUGGGCCAACAUACCAGUGUCUGAAGGGAAGAGGUGAGAACUAUCGAGGGGUGGUGGCCGUCACUGUAUCUGGGCAUACCUGUCAACGCUGGAGUGAGCAGUCCCCCCAUAAGCACAACAGGACCCCAGAAGACUUCCCCUGCAAAAAUCUGGAUGAAAACUACUGCCGUAACCCUGAUGGAGAAACGAGUCCGUGGUGCUACACAACCAACAAGGAAGUGAGGUGGGAACACUGCAAGAUACCACCCUGCGGGUCCUCCCCGGUAUCCACAGAGCACCUGGAUGCCCCGGUACCACCUGAACAAACCCCUGUGGUCCAGGACUGCUACAACGGAGAUGGGCAGAGCUACCGGGGCACAUCGUCCACCACUCUCACAGGGAGGAAGUGUCAGUCCUGGUCAUCUAUGAUACCGCACCGGCAUCAGAAGACCCCAGAAAACUUCCCAAAUGCGGGCUUGACCAUGAACUACUGCCGGAAUCCAGAUGCUGACAAAAGCCCUUGGUGUUACACCACUGAUCCGAGCGUCAGAUGGGAGUACUGUAACCUGAGGAAAUGCUCCAACACGGAAGUGCUUGUCACACACUCUCCGGCUGUUGGCCAAGUUCCAAAUGCAGAGGCUCCUUCUGAAGCAGACUGCAUGCUCGGGAAUGGGAAAGGAUACCGGGGCAAGAAGGCAACCACGGUGGCCGGCGUCCCCUGCCAGGAGUGGGCUGCCCAGGAGCCCCACAGACACCGCAUCUUCACUCCAGAGACAAACCCACGGGCAGGCCUGGAAAAAAAUUACUGCCGUAAUCCUGAUGGAGACGUCAAUGGCCCCUGGUGCUACACGACAAAUCCACUGAAACUUUUUGACUACUGUGAUGUCCCUCAGUGUGUGUCCUCUUCAUUUGACUGUGGAAAGCCCAAGGUGGAGCCGAAGAAAUGUUCUGGAAGGGUCGUAGGCGGGUGUGUGUCCAACCCACAUUCCUGGCCCUGGCAAGUCAGCCUUCGAACAAGAUUUCUAAAGCACUUCUGUGGAGGGACUUUAAUAUCCCCAGAGUGGGUGUUGACUGCUACCCACUGCUUGGAGAGGUCCUCAAGGCCGACAUCAUACAAGGUCAUCCUGGGCGCACACCAAGAAGUCAACCUUGAAGCGGACGUUCAGGAACUGGAAGUGUCCAAGCUGUUCCGAGGGCCCCAGGGAGCGGACAUCGCCUUGCUGAAGCUGAGCAGCCCUGCCAUUAUCACUGACAAGGUAAUCCCAGCUUGUCUGCCUUCCCCAAAUUACGUGGUUGCUGACCAGACGGUGUGUUACAUCACUGGCUGGGGAGAAACCCAAGGCACUUCCAAGGCUGGCCCGCUCAAGGAAGCCCAGGUCCCUGUGAUUGAGAACAAAGUGUGUAAUCGGUAUGAGUAUCUGGACGGGAGAGUCAGAUCCAGUGAGCUCUGUGCAGGGCACCUGGCUGGAGGCACCGACAGUUGCCAGGGUGACAGUGGAGGGCCUCUGGUUUGCUUCGAGAAGGACAAAUACAUUUUACAAGGAGUCACUUCUUGGGGUCUUGGCUGUGCACGCCCCAAUAAGCCUGGUGUGUAUGUUCGUGUUUCAAGGUUUGUUCCUUGGAUUGAAGAAAUAAUGAGAAAUAAUUAAUUGGAUGGGAGACAGAGUGAAGAAUCCACACCUCUAGAAGCUGGAACAUGGGUUGGGAAUUUAGCAUGCUCAGAAAUAAUUGACAGUAAUCAAACUAAGACACUGUACUUAACUACCAUCUUCUGCCAAGCCUCAACGUUGUUUUGUAUAGUUGUGGAUAACUUUUUCCUGUCCAUGGACUGCUGGAUUCCAUAAUAAUAAGGCAAUACAGCUAUGACAUUUA